ACUCUAAAAUAUGAGAGAAAGUGUUGAGCCCAUCGCUGUGUACAACAUUUAAACGCUCCAGGCAGGAAGGUAGAACGUACUUUUAAUAGUCACGUCAUUUAAGAUUACCAGUGAACUUUCUGAUUGAUUCUCGUAAUUAUUCACACUUUAUUCACAGUCACAUUUUUCUUGUGGUUCUUGUUUGACUUAGUUCGCUUUUAGUUAGUUUCACCGUGACAUCAUGGUGCUCCUUUCUAAUGAAGGGCUUAAAUCCCCUGCAUUUUCUUUCCCUACAGGUGACAGGUGAACUAGGGAAGUUCAGGAGAUUCUGCAUGAUGCCAACAUGGCACCUCUUUUGCCCCCUAUUGGUUCAGAGAUUUUUAAACGAUUCACACCAGCAUCACUGGAGGAAAUCCAACGGCGCCAUGAAGCUGAAGAAAAGGAAUGUCAGAUAAGAAAGGAGAACAACACUGAGAUUGCAGAGGAAGAUCUUCCUAAACCAGCCAGUGACCUGGAAGCCGGAAAACCUCUUCCCCUUAUAUAUGGAGACCCACCUCCUGAGUUUCUCAACACCCCAUUGGAGGAGUUGGAUCCUUUCUACCAGUCGAAGAAGACCUUCAUUGUGCUCAGUAAAGGAAACGUGAUCUACAGGUUUAAUGCUGAGCCCGCCUGUUACCUGCUGAGUCCAUUCAACCCACUCAGGAUCUUAGCCAUCAAGGUCCUCAUUCAUUCUUUAUUCAGUCUGUUCAUUAUGGUAACGAUUCUGACCAACUGUGCGUUUAUGACGAUGAGUGACCCACCAGCAUGGAGCAAGACAGCUGAAUAUGUGUUCACAGGCAUCUACACAUUUGAAGCAUCUAUCAAAGUUUUGUCUCGAGGAUUCUGCAUCGGAGACUUCACCUUCCUCAGAGACCCGUGGAAUUGGCUGGACUUCAUGGUCAUCAGCAUGGCAUAUUUGACGGAAUUUGUGGAUUUGGGAAAUGUGUCGGCAUUGAGGACAUUCCGAGUUCUUCGAGCUCUUAAAACGAUUACCGUCAUCCCUGGUCUGAAAACAAUUGUUGGAGCUCUCAUCCAAUCAGUGAAGAAGCUUGCUGAUGUCAUGAUUCUGACAGUUUUCUGCCUCAGUGUCUUCGCUCUGAUUGGUCUUCAGCUCUUCAUGGGAAACCUGAGGCAAAAAUGUGUCCUGAUGCCACCACCAUUUCUUAGAAACCACACGUCAGACAGUAAUCUUAACACCAGUUUCUAUGGCAAUGACACUUACAGCAACAACACGGGAAGCAGUAACUUUGACUUCUACGAGUACAUCAACAACCCAGAGAACCAUUACUACUAUCCUGGUCAUGCUGAUGCUCUGCUGUGUGGAAACAGCUCUGAUGCUGGGGUCUGUCCGGAUGGUUACAUCUGUAUGAAGGCAGGGAGAAACCCAAACUACGGCUACACCAGCUACGACACUUUCGGUUGGGCGUUCCUGGCUCUUUUCAGACUCAUGACUCAGGACUUCUGGGAAAAUCUGUUCCAGCUGACGUUGCGAGCCGCCGGUAAAACCUACAUGAUCUUCUUUGUGGUCGUCAUCUUCCUCGGGUCAUUUUACCUCAUUAACCUCAUCCUGGCUGUGGUCGCCAUGGCGUACGCCGAGCAGAAUCAAGCCACCAUCGCUGAAGCCAAACAGAAGGAGGAGGAGUACGCUCAGAUCCUGGAGGCGCUGAAGAGGAGAGAAGAGGAGCAGGCAACAACCAGGACAGCAGAGCUGUUAGAGGAUGCAGACCCAACACUGCAGAAGAAAAAUUCAUCUACAGAUUUAAACAGCCACAAGCUAGAGCACAAUGCAAUGGAAGAAUUUGAGGAUGACCAGAGGCCGUGUCCUCCAUGUUGGUAUGUGUUCGCUGACAUCUUCCUGAAGUGGAACUGUUGUGGCUGUUGGCGAUGGCUCAAGCAGUGGCUCUUCAUCAUUGUUAUGGAUCCGUUUGUGGACCUCACCAUCACCAUCUGCAUCGUCCUCAACACUGUCUUCAUGGCUAUGGAGCAUUAUCCAAUGACAGAGGAGUUUGAGGAGCUGCUGAGUGUUGGGAAUCUGGUCUUCACAGGUAUCUUUACAGCUGAAAUGGUCCUUAAGCUUCUGGCCAUGGACCCGUAUUACUACUUCCAGGUGGGCUGGAACAUCUUUGACAGCAUCAUUGUCACCAUGAGUCUGGUUGAACUGGGAUUAGCUAACGUUCAGGGCCUAUCAGUGUUACGCUCAUUCCGACUGAUGCGAGUAUUUAAGCUGGCCAAGUCCUGGCCAACCCUGAACAUGCUGAUAAAGAUCAUCGGGAACUCGGUGGGGGCUCUUGGGAACCUGACUCUGGUUCUUGCCAUCAUUGUCUUCAUCUUUGCUGUCGUCGGCAUGCAGCUGUUUGGGAAGAACUAUAAAGACUGCGUCUGUCGCAUUGCAGAGGACUGUGAGCUUCCUCGCUGGCAUAUGCAUGACUUCUUCCACUCCUUCCUCAUCAUCUUCAGGGUGCUGUGCGGUGAGUGGAUCGAGACCAUGUGGGACUGUAUGGAGGUGUCGGAUCAGACCAUGUGUCUAAUUGUCUUCAUGAUGGUCCUGGUUAUUGGAAACCUGGUGGUCCUGAAUCUGUUCCUGGCCUUGUUGCUGAGUUCUUUCAGUGGUGAUAAUCUAGCAGCUCCAGAAGAUGAAGGAGAAAACAAUUUACAAAUCGCCAUAAACCGGAUUAACCAGGCUGUGGCCUGGACCAAGUUCUGGAUCCUGGAACACAUCUGGGCUUUAGUGAGAAAUAAGAAACAAGUCAACCAAGACCAGUCCAGUGCAGUCAGUUGUGAGGAAGACGACACAAUGAUGAAGGAGGUAUUACCUUUGACCUUUGUGACCUCAGAUGAACCAGAGCCCCAUGACAAAGCCUCUAGCUUUAACCAUGGCAUCCUGACCAGUAACUACCAUACCAUUGCAUCCCUGCGGGUCCCAAUAGCCGAGGCUGAGUCCUACUUUGACAUACGUGAAAAUGAAGAGGAAGAGGAAGAUGACCUGGAUGGAGAAGAGAAGUACUCACAA